ACCAGGGCAGACAGACAGAGAGACAGUGAGUCGGACGGCCUGAGUGACGAAGGGGAAUCAAGCUUUGGACAAACCACUGCACCGCACACUCCAAACAAGAACUGUUGUCUUUUAGAAAAAAAAAAAGAGUGAAGAAAAGAAAGAGGCAGAGUCAUUGUGGAUCAUUUUCAGGGGGAAUAUCCUGCACCACAACUUGUUUGUUUUCUCUUUCUUUCUCUUCUUCUCUCUCCUCUCAGAUCUCGAUGCUUUGCUUUGGGAUUUGUGCUUCAAAUCCAUCGAAUUCCUCUUUUGAUCUUUCUCUUUGUCGUCUGAAACACUUUGAGUUACAAAUCUUUUCCAGAACUUUGCAACCCAACAUACUGAGACAGACGUUUGCAGAAUUUCACUUGGACUAAAAGUUGAGGCCGAGCCCGGUUCUGGAAUGAAUUUAACCGAGCCCAGCUUGUCUAGAGAGACUCUUCUGCAUCCAAGCCGGGUGUCCCUCGGGGGCCCCUGGACAUCCAGAACCCCGAGUCCUGCUUCUGAUUCUGAAAUGGGUUUUGAGCAGACCCUCUCCGGGGACUGCAGUUCUCCCGAUGGCCUCGGACCCGGGAGCAUGAGGAGAGCAGAACCGAGGAUUUCUCUGACACCCAGUUCAGGAGGACAGAGUCCGGACCUGACCCAGGCAGGAGGUGUGUCAGCUGACGGGAAGGCCGUGGCAGCUGAGCAGAGGAUCCGAAGGCCCAUGAAUGCCUUCAUGGUGUGGGCUAAAGAUGAGAGGAAGCGACUGGCCCUGCAGAACCCUGACCUGCACAAUGCUGUGCUCAGCAAGAUGCUCGGUCAGUCAUGGAAGGCCCUGAGUGCCACAGACAAGAGACCAUUUGUGGAGGAAGCAGAACGACUCCGUGUUCAGCACCUCCAGGAUCAUCCAAACUACAAGUACAGGCCUCGCCGAAAAAAGACCACCAAGAAACUCAAGCGGGUUGAGCCGGGGCUUCUGCUUCACAGCCUGGCCCAGGGUGGUGCACCAGGCCUUGGAUUAGGUCCUGGCGUCAGCCCUUUGGGUGCAGAAAGUGUCUCUGGAGGUUCUGCAUAUGGACAUCCAGGUGCUCACCACCAUCACCCCCACCACCUGCUGCCCUCUCUGGGGCACUUCAGGGACCUCCAGGGUCCAGGACACCCAGAGCUGGAGAGCUACGGCCUGCCCACUCCAGAGAUGUCCCCUCUGGAUGUUCUGGAAGAUGGAGCCGGGGAAUCUGUGUUUUUCCCCCAACACAUGCAAGAAGAGGUGGGGAUGGGAGGUUGGAGCGGGUACCACCACCACCUUCACCCUCAUAACCAACAUUACAGCCAUCACUACAACAACCAUAGUCACCAUAACUCCAUACACGGUGCAGCGACACAUGGUCAGGGUUCAGGAAUGAGUGUUGGUGCCAAUUUAAGCACCAGUAUGAGUUCCAGUUUGAGUCCAGGUAGAAGUUCGAGAAUUGACUCUAGAAUGAGUUCCGUUGAGUCAAACAUGAACUCGAGCAUGAGCUCUGUCACUUCAGUUUUGGUCAAUUCGGUCAACUCCAGAUUAAAUCCUACUCAUGCCUCCAGUCACCACAUCGCCUUAAGGAGUCCUGUAAAGUGCCCACCAUCUCUAUCCACCUCCCCCACCCCUGUUUCCUUUGCCCAGCCCUCCAUCAGCCUCUCUGAACCAAUAAAAUGCCACCAAACGCCCCUGAGUACUGCCCCUGCUAGCUACUUCAGUCAGAUGUAUGGGAACAGCGCCCCGAAUGCUACCCAUUUCACCCCUUCUCACCUGGGGCAGCUUUCCCCUCCCCCAGAAACCUCUCCCUCCUCCUGCUCAUCCUCCAUCCCCUCGUCAACUUUCCUUCCCCCUGUGCACUUAGACCCUUCAAACCCCGAGUCCUCUGGCCAUUUAGGCUCUUCCUCUGCUGAGUUUUGGUCCGAGGUGGACAGGCACGAAUUCGACCAGUAUGUGAAUAUUGGAAGGAAUCGAGAGGAGGCCUUCGGACUUGGUGGGGUCUGUGGGGGUGGGUCCAAAGUCCUGGGUGGGCGCAGUAGCAAUAGUAUAGGUGGUAGUAUUAAUAGCAGUGUUAGCAGUAUUAUUAACAGGGAUGUCAGCAUUAUGAGUGGUGCUAAUGGAUGUGAUGAAGGAAGCAGCCCUCUUAUAUCUGCUCUUUCUGAUGCCAGCAGUGCUGUCUAUUACAGUGCCUGUAUCACUGGAUAAAUAUCUCAUAUGUACCUCCUUGCAUACUGCACAGUUUGGUUUGGUUCAUUUGAACCAUUGUUAAUAUGAUAGGGAGGAAGCAUGAGGAAGGUUAGUUUUGGCUCAUACUUUAAAUCAAGUCAUUGUCAUGUUUUGUUUAUCUCCCAUAGAUUCCAACUCUAAUUUAAAAGUUAAUUUGUCUCUAAAUCAAAGGUUAUUGGAGCUGUGUAGAACCAAGAGUCACAGUUUUUGAAAAAUUUUGCAAACUGGAAAACACAUAACUGACAAAUAAGGCACUGUUAUUGAAGUAAAAAUAUAUAUAAAUGAUAAUUGCUUAUAUUUAGAUUCAUUAAUGAAUUCUUCAACAUGACAUUGAACAGCUACCUAGCUAGCUAACCAGGUAUCCUUGAGAGCUACAGGCUACAGUCGUUCACUUAGUCAGCAUAGAAGAUCUUGAUCAAGAUAUUGUCUGUAGAUUUAAAUGAACAGUAGAGAGAAAAAACAUGUUGGUAGUGCAUUGUUCUGCUUAGACGCUGCAAUAGUUUGACUCGUGGUGUUUCUACUCAAGGUGGGCAGAUACAGAUAAUUGUUCUGGUGGCUGCAUAGUGGGGAAGGAUUCAUGGAUGUGGGAUAUCAGUGAGUGAUGAAGCACCUUUGAUCAAGACACAAAGCUCCUACCUGUUCCAUUUAUUUUUUUCCCUGCAUUCUAAACCCACUGGUGACAGUACAUGCUAUAUGAAGAUUAUGCUAGCAAAAUGAUUGCUUUCAUUGCACUGUGCGUACUCUGGGCAUCAGAAAAUUACAUGUCUUUAUAAAUCAGAAUUUCAAGAUCAUCUCAUAUUAUUGUUGAAAUUUCAUCUCAGGAGCGAGCUCACAUUCAUCUCUUCUGAACUUCAUAAAGUUCAGAUGAAUUUAUCUCAAAUAAAUGGUAAAAUGAAGCACAAUGAAGGACAAACUCGGGAGAUGAAGAGAGAGAAUAAAGACUUGAUGGGAGAGACUUGGUCCAGCCUCCACAUUUCUCUCAGCAGUGUUGUCGGAAAAGCAUGGACCCAGACCAGACCACUGAUGUCUCCCACAAACUAUCAGGAUGUUUUACAAGCCGGGUUGAGUUUUUUUCUGAGCGUGAUAAUUGCCAUUCCCUCUCUAUCUCUCAGUCCAUGACAGGGCCUCAUGUCAAACUCCAAGCCAAAAUCUGGAAGUUUUAAGUUGCUUUGUUUCUUGGCAAACAGAGAUAUGUUGAUGAUUAAAAGAUCAUUCUUUUUAACCAGCGAGGCUCUCUGGUAUAACAAACAUGUCACUUGUUUAAACAAAAUGUAGUUUUAAGUUAAAAAGUGCAAUUCAGCCCUACAAAUAACUGAAGAUUGAGUUCUACAAGUUGAGUGCUAUUGGACCAAGUCUUGUGUGGAAGAUUCUGAAAAUAUCAUAAUGUCUAGGGUCUGCUAAUAUGCAAAAUUAAGCAAAAGCAACACCACACUCCCAGAUAUUGGUAAGCACUUUGACCACUCCAGUUACAAACUAUUCUAGAUUUCAUUUAAAAAUGCAUGGAUAAUGGUUCAAGUUCCAGGUCUUAUUGAUUUCUGGAAAUCUUGGUUUGAUGUAGCCGUUUACUGUAUAGAUACAGAUGCUAUGCCUCCUGGCAGUAUGUGAAGGAGAAACUGAGACUAUGAAAUGUUCUCUUUGCACUGGGUUUAAUGUCUUAGCUGUAUAGAAGGAACACUACUUAUUAAAAGUCAAAUGUCCAUAAUUUUAAAUAUGUUUUGUACAGAAGGGCCUGUGCUUAUUUUUUGGUGUUUGAUAGAUUCUUAUUUGUUCUUAAAGUAACAAUUCAACAUUUUAAGGAAAAUAUGCUUAUUCUCUUCCUUGGUGAGAGUGAGAUGAAAAGGUCAAUAUCACUCUCAUGACUGUGUUGAGUAUGUAUGACAGUGAUGUUGAUAUUCUUAUCACUCUCUUGGCAAGAAAGUGAAUAAGCACAUUUCCCUAAAUGUCAAACUAUUCCUUUGAAGAUGAUUCAAAUAUAAAGGCAUUGGAGCAGUGAGUCUCCACUGGUCUUUUGUGUGUAUGUAUGUAUUAUAAACUUAGAAAGCAAAUCUAUAAUUGUAUUGAUCUCUUGUAGAUCUGUAUGGGUCUUUAAUGGGUUACAUUUUAUACUUUGCUCUACCAGUGUCAUCAGAAAGAAACCUUCCCUCCCACACCAGUGUUAUUGACCUACAUGGCUGGAAAUUAAAAUGAGAAUUUAUGGUUUUUGUUUGUGCUGAGAAAAUGAAAAAGCAACAGUUGCAGCCACUGUAAAGGUCUCUCUGUAUGUGUUUAUGUAGCAUCUAUCCUGUAAUAGUUUUGUAUACAGUCAGAGCAAAAAAGCAGAGGUCUCUCUUCAAGGAUUUAUCCUGCAUCUGUUCUGCAUUAGUCCUUACAGACAAUACUUUUUUUGUACAUGAAACAGUAGAACAAAAUCGAGUAUCUUGUACAGUGAAACCAGUUAUAUUUACCGCACUGUUCCUUGUGGCUGCCAUUGGUUGAAAACAGAGCAACAGUAGAUUUUUCCAAACAUUUCCUCUGGAGGACGGAGCCACAGGGCAGCAGCAGUUCAAGCUUAAAGUAUUAAAAAAUACUUCUACAUCUGCAUUUGACAUUCUUUUCUGUUGACACCAAACAGAAUCUUGUUUCCAUUUUAAUUUACUGUGACACACAAAGAACAUCAGAGACACAGGCAUUUUUGGAGUCGUGCAAUAACUCUGGGCUUUUGGUAAUAAUUAUCUGAAGAAAAAAAAGAAAAAGAAAACGAAACACCCAAGAUUUUUUUUGGGAUUAAAACAAAGGACAUUUUCUCAGCAGUCAUAUAACGACAAAUUAAAAGCAGGAUUUUCCCAGAAGUGUCACUGUGAUGCUUCUAAAUCUGUCUGACAGGGAUAAUUUUUAUAUUGUCUAAGUGUAGAAAAUGGUUUUGUUUUUGUUUAUAUUUGAAAAAAAUGUGUGUUGGCUGUAAAUG